CAUGCCUCUUGCGACGCCUCACUUAAUUGAAAAUUAAGUGUGUAACUGAGAAGUAAAGCACUUAUGUCAUUACUGGAACCAGGACACACAAUCGCGCAAAGUUCACUGAUGGAAGUACGCCCCUCCCACUGCAUUCUUGUUUUCUGUAAUCGGUGGAUACGGAAGGAGUUCAACUGUGAUUUUGUGAUUUUGUUCUGCAUGAUUAUCAAAAAUGAACAACUCUUUCUUAGCAAAAAUGCAGUCCAAAGUCGAAAUGGCUAAAGGUAUGAAGGAGGACGAUAAGUUAUACAGAUAUAAAGGAGUGUUAUACCCUGUCCUUAUGAGUCCAGAAGAGAACCUGAAGGCGAUUGAGACAAUGGAAGCAAGAGUAGAUGAUGUAGUGUUAGUUGCAUAUCCCAAAUGUGGUUUCAAUUGGAUGUUGGGAGUGCUUAACAAAAUCAUAGCAGCAUCAACUGGUGGGAAAGCAGAAUUCAAAUUCCCUGCAAUGAUGGAGUUCGGUGGACCAGAAAUACAGGAGGUGAUUCGCCAAGCACCUUCCCCCAGAUUGCUGGGGACACACAUGCACCCAGACAACAUUCCUGAGUCCUUCAGUGCUAAGAAAACCAAGAUGCUGGUGAUGUUUAGGAAUCCGAAAGACACUGUGGUCUCCUUUUAUCACUUUACCAACAAGAACCCGGUUUUACCGACUGCAGAAUCCUGGGACUGCUUCUUCUCCGAGUUUAUGAGUGGACAAGUUCCUUGGGGUUCAUAUUUUGAUCAUGCACUUGCCUGGGAGAAGAGAGUCAAUGACCCUAAUGUGAUGAUAGUCACCUUUGAGGAGUUAAAACAGGACCUGAGUGAAGGUGUGCAAAGAGUCUCUGAUUUCUUUGGUCUUAGUCUCAGUGAUGCCCAGGUCCAAGCCAUUACUGAAGAGAGCACUUUCAGUGCUAUGAAAGAGAGCUCCAAGGAAACAUUGGGUCAAAUGGGCAACGUCAUCUUCAGGAAAGGUGAUGUAGGGGACUGGAAGAACUAUUUCAGUCCAGACCAAAGCCAGGAGAUGGACACAGCAUUUGAGAAGCACCUGGCAGGGACUAAGCUGGGGGCCAAACUGAAGUAUGACCUGUACUGCAAUUAGACGAGCACUGAUUAUACUAAUGAUGGAACGCUGGGGAAACGCAUGGAUUAUGGACUGUUGCCUCCAGCUGGCAGGGGAGCUGGAUUUUGUAGUCCGCCCUUUUUGAUCAUUGCACACAAGUUUGUUGACUGAAGUUGGUUCAUUUAUUCAUACAAUCUGUAUUUUAUAAUGUUAGUAACAGAUUUGACUCCAGUGUAAUCUCCCACACAUUGUAGUUUAAUGAAUGAAAUGCCACAUGAGGUGAAAUAAAUCAUAUGCUUAUGGUCUUGAGUGAGGCCUUUUAAUGACCAUGGAUCACAUGGUGACUUAUAUUACCGCUGGCCUUAAUGGUGGAUUUCAGUGCAUAUAAUACAGGAUUUAAAGCCAAUAAAAUUGUGGUUGCAAAAAGCC